AUGUGUCACAGCCAUGAGGCUGCAUACAGACAAUGCAUCCGCCUCCUCCGGAUCUGGUGCGCAUUCAGACUGUGGCUAGGAUUCCAGACGGCAGACAGACAGAAAACUCACGAGAUGGGAAUGGAAAAAGUGCUUUUUUCUGGAUUACUUUUUGUCUUGGCAGUUGGUUUCAUUCAAGCAGAAGAUGAAUGUAAAAUCACGGAACUUCAAACAAUUGAUAAUUGCUUACAGGGUUUCAACACAACCACAGUUUCGCUGGUCAACAAAGAAUGCACGCUGAACGCAGACAUGUGCAGAGUCGCUGUAAAUGUUGGCAAAUGUCUAAAUGAUGCAACUCUGGGAGAUACAUGCAGAGCAUUUCUUCCUACAUACAUUCAUCAACAACUCAGAUUAGCCCAACUAAGAUGCACGUUAAGCCAAAUAGCGAAACAGUGUCCAAACUCCAAAGUGAAAACCGGUAAGUACACAGAGAUGUGCUAG